CCCUCUGACUGCAAUAUGGCGACAGAGUUCCAUAACCUCCAGGAGCUGAGGCACAGUGCAUCUCUGGUCACAAAGGUGUUUAUACAGAGAGACUACAGCGAAGGAACAGUCUGCCGCUUCCAGAGCAAGUACCCCUCAGAGCUUGACAUCAGGAUUGAGCGGACCUUGCUUGAGGAGACAGUGAAGACUCUGAACACUUAUUAUGUGGAGGCCGAAAAAAUCGGAGGUCAGUCUUACCUGGAAGGAUGUCUGGCUUGUGCAACGGCUUACAUCAUCUUCCUCUGCAUGGAGACACGCUAUGAGAAGGUCCUGAAGAAGAUAUCAGGCUACAUCCAGGAGCAGAAUGAGAAGAUCUAUGCUCCUAGAGGUCUGCUACUCACAGACCCCAUAGAGAGAGGAAUGAGAGUUCUGGAGAUCAGUGUGUUUGAGGACCGGGGCUCUGGCAGCUCCAGUCCCAGCAGCAGCAUGUCAUCAGCAGGAAGCAGUGCUCGGUGA